AUGGCGUCACGUCGCAGGUCGAGCUCUCCAUCGACCCCUUCUGAGGGUGAGAUCAUCGAAUCGGGUUCAGAGACGAAGGCAACUGCGUCAAAACCUCCUCUUAAUGGCACCAGCGUUGACCGUCCCCCCAGAGCUAGUUCACCCUCUGCGUCACUGAAAGGCAGUGGAUCGCCCCGUCGACAGAGGUCAUGGACCAGGUCGCGCUCGAGAUCCGGAUCUCGCUCACCGUACCGGGCUAGCAGAGGCAACAAGCGCAGGCGCAACGAUGACUAUGAUGAGUACGAGACCCGGCACUCCCGGCACGAGCCGCCGCGACGUUACGAGUCGAGAUACGAUGAUAGGCACAAUGACCGAGGUAUUCCCUCCCGCCGACCAAGGUCAUACUACGAUUAUGACCGUGAGGAGAGCUAUGGAGAAGGACUGCGUUACACCGACGAUUACGAUCGGCGCAAGGACAAGCGACAGCGAACCCGAAGCCGGUCCCCGUAUCGCGAUGGGAGAAAACCCAAGCGGUACGAUGAUCUGGAUCCCAAUAGGGAAAGCUCCGUGUCUCAAUCGGAUAGCAAGCAGCGCGGACCAUCUGUGGGAAAAUUAGUGAGCGAACAAGGAAAGACUCAGGCUGGCGUUCGUGACUCCAAAUUGAGUGCUGAGACACGAAAGAAUCAGGUGCAGCAGACUCUUCCUAGACGUGCACAUUUUGCCGACGAGGUCGAUACUCCUUCCGCAUCGGAAGCUGUGGAAGAAUCGCAACCAGAACCCAUUGAUGAAGCUGGUGCUCUUGAAGCUCGUCGUAAACGUCGCGAGGCAAUUCGUGCUAAAUACCGAAGCCAAGCGUCCCCUCUGCAUCUUCAGGCCCUGCAUGUUGAUACAGAUUCAUCUACCGCAGGUUCGACUGAACCUGCGAGCGCGCAAGAUACAUCGGAUUCCCCGCGCUUGUCUCCAGCUCAAACCCCUAUCGAUCAGCCUGGUGAAACCUUUUCGGAUUUCAAGAUUGGCAAAGACACUGAUCUUAUCAACAACGAUGCACCAGUGGAUGGGUCUGGGAAGGAAGAACCUUCUGCUGCAGACUAUGAUCCGACAUUUGACAUGAAAGAGGAUAGACAAAAGCAUGGUAUUCAGAACUCCAAAGACGAUGUCUCAUCAGCGUCAUAUGAUGAGACACAGGCCACCAAACAGGACAUUCUUAUGCCAGAUACUCCGCAGCAACCACCACCACCUAAGGCGAAAGAUCCUUAUGACAUGUUUGCGGAGGACGACGAUGACAUGUUUGCUGAAGAGAAAGACGAUCAUCCAGCGCACGCAUCAGCAACAGCCGUUCCACAGGCUCAAGAACUCGAUAUCAGCAUGAUGGACAACUGGGACGACCCCGAAGGCUAUUACAACACCCGGCUUGGCGAGUUAAUCAACGGUCGCUACCAUGUGAAGCAAGUGCUGGGCAAGGGAAUGUUUUCAUCUGUUGUGCGAGCGCUCGACGAGAAGACCGGAAAAUUGGUGGCCGUCAAGAUCAUCCGUCAGAACGACACCAUGCGCAAGGCCGGUAUGAAGGAGAUUGGUAUCCUGGAACAGCUUCUCGAAGCCGACCCAGAUGACAAAAAGCACAUCAUCAAAUUCGAGCGCUACUUCGACCACAAGGGCCACUUGUGCAUGGUGUUCGAGAACCUGAGCAUGAAUCUUCGCGAAUUGCUUAAGAAAUAUGGUCGCGACGUCGGGCUCAACCUGCGCGCAAUUCGCGCUUACGCUCAACAGAUCUUCCUCGGCUUGAGCCUCCUCCGCAAGUGUAACAUCCUCCAUGCCGAUCUGAAGCCGGACAACCUCCUCGUGAGUGAGAAUCGCAACAUGCUCAAAGUUUGCGAUUUGGGUUCGGCAUCCUCGGCCUCCGACAACGAGAUCACGCCCUACCUCGUCAGUCGCUUCUACCGCGCCCCCGAAAUCAUCCUGGGCAUUCCAUUCGACUACGCAAUCGACGUGUGGUCAAUCGGCUGUACGCUCUUCGAACUAUACACGGGCAAGAUUCUCUUCACGGGCCGAAACAACAACCAAAUGCUACGCUCCAUCAUGGAAUGCCGCGGCAAAUACCCACCCAAACUGCUGCGCCGCGGCUCCCUGGCGCACAUGCAUUUCGACGACAUGCUCAACUUCCACAGUAUAGAAGAGGACAGGAUCACCGGUCGUCCGGUGACCCGGAUCUUGGAUUUCAAGAAGCCCGAGCGCGACUUGAAGACCCGGUUGAUGGGAAAGGGUACACGCGGGAUGGCUGAUAGUGAUGCGAAGGAUCUGACGCUGUUCGUGGACUUCCUUGAUCGGUGUCUGACUCUUAAUCCUGAAAAGCGGUGCACUCCUGCUGACGCGUUGAAGCAUCCUUUUUUGACGCGGAAGUAG